GAAUAUAUUGAUCCGGGUUAUUGAACGCGCGCAAAAAUGCAUCAAAACAAGUUGAAAAAUUCAAUGAAUGUUUAAACAACUUCGAUUAUGGGAGAGAAUAAUGUGAUGAGUCACUAGGACACAGUACUUGCUAAAUGUGUACAAGAGAGCCACCAUGGAUGAUAUAGAAGAACCGGGUUUCUCUGAGAACACUCAGGGACAGUCGAGCUUCAUAAUAGUGCCGUCCCAGGAAGAGACACAGCAGGAAUCUCAAGUUGACAAACAAAUGAUGAAAAUUCUCAAGAAUCUACCUGCUUUACAAAACCCGGACAAAGGUGUCCUGUCAAGUGAUACGUGCACAGAUGAAGAGCAUGAGAAAGGAAAGGUGUCGGUCCUAGUUUCAGACACAGACAGUGUUCACAAGACAGAUGCUAAUGUGGGUCCUUCAGACUGUAUAAGUGAUUCUGAUUCAGAGGAAGAUGUCACUGUUAUACAGAAGAAGCUGUCAGGGGAGAGAACUGAUGAUGAUUCUCAACAUGAAACAGGAAAUGGCAAAAACCCGGGAUCUGGCAGUGGAAGUAGUCAGAGCAAUGUGUCAAGCUUUCAGUCUCGAAGCCGGUCUAACCUUGGAAGUUAUGAUCAGUGUGAGGUGUACAAAACUCAGAGAGGUCAUUUGAAAGUGGACAAAUUCGACCUGUUCCCAGCAUCCCAAGACAUAUUUGAAGAAACAGGAGAUCAACAAAGCCCGUCAACGCCAUCCGAGCACCUUGGUAGUCUACAUCUCUCACAGAAACCAAUGUUAGUGCCAGAAAGUGUUGAAGAAACAAUAAAUGAGAUUCCUCCAUCACCUGGUGUGUAUGGUUCCACUCCUAUCAUAAUUCCAAGUUCACCUACACAGGAAACAGGGAACCAGAGUAUACAGGAAGCUGGGGACCAGAACAUAGAGAACUCAGAUGAAGGAAACCAGACUGUGUUUGAUAUUAAUGCUGCUGACACCUUGACUAGUCAACCCCAGGAUGACUGUCUACGGGAUGGUUCAAGUGAAGGCAGUGGAAAAGAUAAACAGACAGACACAUCACAGGCAAUCGCAGCAGGUUUACCUGAGCAUCCAGGAGAAGAUGGAAUGUCAGAAUCUGUACGAUUAAAUCUCUCUGAAGGCACUCUGAAUACUGAGAACAAGGUUAGUCACAAGAAAAAUCCUGAAACUCGGCAACAAAGACCAGAACGAGGUUUACGCCCUCUUCUAUCGUCACAGAAACUGCAGGUUGCUGAGAGUUGCGGCAGUGAGAGGGAAGUUAUUGUGAUACCCAGUGGGUCUGGUUCCCUCAUCUCACAGAAAGAAGCUGAAGAGUCUGAUAAUUUCUUGUUACGAUUGACCCCAUCAGAAACUAGUACUACCCAGGGUCAAAGGUCACAGAUAGCAGCUGGGAGAGAAAGCCAUCAGUUUUUGGAUGAAGAGACCAGAAAAACAAAAAAUUCUCAAAACAAUUCAGCAUUUGAAACGAAAAGAGAAGGGUCACAGGACUCAAGGUCACAAGACAGAGGUCACAGAAAAGAAGGGUCACAGAACUCAAGGUCGCAAGACAGAGGUCACAGAAAAGAAGGGUCACAGGACUCAAGGUCGCAAGACAGAGGUCACAGAAAAGAAGGGUCACAAGACUCAAGGUCACGAGAUAGACUUCCAAGUUCAGGGAGUGGGUCAGGAUCACAGAAUAAGAAGAAAUCAAAAAUAGAUAAACAGAUUGAAAGUAUGAAUGACAACCCUUUGAUAGAAUGGAGAAAUGAAAGUGAUACUGAAAGAAAACAGGAAAUGAGUGUCAAGUCAACUAACAGGUUUUCAGAUGAGUUUCACCUGGCAGUACCUGGAGAAAUGUCAGCUUCAGAGCCUCAUGUUGCCAUGGAAACUGAGAAACCGUUGUCACAAAGUGUGGAUUCAAACACCCAACCACAAGCUGCUCAACAAAGAGGAACCACAUCAGACAGUGGUGGACUGGUACCCAUAUCUUUAGGAGAUGAGGAACCAGACAAGCUUUCUAUUGGAAUGAUACAGUCAGAAUCUGAACAAACAGAACCAGUCUUUAAGUUACAAAAACCCACUGUGGAGGAUUUGAGCAUCCUGGACGAGAGUGAAGAGGUCUUUCCGAGGAGAACUGGACGACAGAGAGGUCAGUCUAGGUUCAUUCUUGAAGACAGUGAUGAGGAGUAUAACAUUAAUCCAAACACCGGUGAUACAGAGAAACUAGCCGGAACUGAUGUUGGCAGCACGGGAAUGGACAAAAAAGAGGUUUUCAUUGCUUCAAAACUUGACAUGUAUUUGACAGAGGAAGGCACUGACAUGACCCAAUCUUAUGAAGCCAACUUAAAUAUACAGACAGAUGUUAAUGGUAACAAAGAACAAAUAUCUAGCAAAAAAUCAGAGAACAUUUCUUCCGCUGUAUCUGUAGAAGGUCAGGGAACAACGAGAAUGCGGAGACUUACUGAAAGCUCCACACAGACAGCUGAUGGCAAGAUGGAAGCAUUCGAAAGUGUUGAUAUAAACGUAGCCCAGAAAGUUGCAGACUAUUUACAAUCUGGCAUCGCUUCUCGUAGUCGAUCAAACAGUACAUGCACUGAUCUUUCUGACCUCCCAGGUGAAGGAUCAGAGAAGGGAGACAAUUUGAUGAAAACUCCACAACGGAAAGAUAGGCCAGACAAGCUGAAAACACCAACUGCACUUAAACGGAGAGAAAGUGCUGAUCAAAGAAGUCCAAAAAGUCCUCAGCAAAUACAGAGCAUUAUAAAAACUUACUCGGAUAUUUUAAAAAAGAAGCAUAAAGAGAAAACAAAAACUGAUGAUAAAAUAGGUCCAAGUUCACAGAAACCCAAUCCCAUAGUGAUUGAGGAAGACAAUAAAAGGAAGAUGGUUCCCAGACAGCUAAGUUCACAAUCUUUGCCGGAGGAAUUAUUAAGAACAAAACAUGGGAGACAAACACCAACUGGUAGUUUAUCAGGUACUCAAUCAGGUGAUCAAUGGAUGACUGCAAGAAAACCCGACUCACAGUUGUCUGUUGAAAGUGAAUCAAAAUCUGAUAAAAUCAGUGAAGUUAACAGUCCAAAGAGAGAUCUGACAAAUAGUGAAACAGGUGUUACACAAGACUUAAGUAAAUCUUUUAGACCACAUAGUGAACUUGAGGAUGUUUUACAUGAUAGUGAACCAGUGGUUAUUUCUCAGGACAAUAUGAUAACGGAGACAGAAAUCCCAACUGAGAAAUUAAGAAAAAGAAAAGGUAGCCCAAAUACAAAUGAGGAAGCCACAGUGAAACAAUCACCUAGGAAGGUGGAAGAUAAAAGUAAAGAUAAGAAAUCCAGUAGUGACAAUGUAUCUGCAACAGAGAAGUUAGUUCUGACACCAUCUAAACAGAAUAAAGCUAGUGCCAAAACUACACCACCAUUUCUAACACUGGAAAGAGUAGAUUCUCCUAAGAAGAUGAUUGAUAGGGUUAAAGUAACAGAAGUUAGUGAAGCAGAUAUUCCAGUUGGAACUGAAAAUGAAAAUUUUGUGCGCAACAAAGACCAUACUGUCUCCACACAUAGAAAACAAAAAACUCUCAGUUUAAAACCUAAAGAAACAUUAAUUAUUACCAGUGCUGACAAUGAAAUCUGUGAUCAAAAUACUGCUGUAAAGCAAAACAGUCAGAGAACUAACAGUUCAAACCCCUCUCCAAAACGUGCCACUCUACAAAGAGCGGAUACAGAGGUUUUAAGUGAGACUAAUCCAUCAAGAAAACCUUAUUACGCAAAAUCAUUGAGGAGCAAGAAGAAAGUGAAAAGACGACUGUCGGCUGAGAAGAGGAACAUUUCCCGGCGGAGAACUGCCAGUCUAAGUCCAACAACUGUCUUGUCUGGUGCUAGUCCGCCGGUUGUUUCAUCUCGGAGUAGUCAGCAGACAGUGUCCGGAUCAUUUGUAGCCUCCACCCAGAAAUUUUCACCUAAACACAAAGGUGAAGGUCAUGAUGUGUAUGGUUUUCAUGGUACCGAGUCUCAACCGUCUCCAGAGAAGUCAACCAAGCCAGCCAGUACACCAGGUAAAACCCCACUCUCUACCAGAAAGAGGGCCAGACUUCAGCAUAAGAAAUCUGGGUUAAAGAAAGCUCGUCACGAGACAGAAGAGACCGAGACAAGUUCCCAGAACAAACACCAUGUGACAUUCCAGACCAGUCCAAGAAUAUCCAGCCAAAGCAGUGAUACAACAGUGACUACGAUUGGUUCAUUGCCAUCCAUUCCCUCCUCUAUCAGCCAAUCAAGUCCAGGGAGAGAUACAGUUGUGUCUCCAAGUAGUAGCUCGAGCAGACAGAGUGUAAGUGAAGAAAUCAACACCAGAUUGGGAGGAAAACGAAUGUCGCUUGAUCAGGCACUGCCAGAUACAUUACCCCUGACUCAUAGUGAGGAAGAUAACUACCAGAAGGUUACCGUGGUGAUAGAGAAGGUGGAGCGAGUUUACAGGGAGAUAAUUACAACAAGAAAGGUGAUAGGUGCACAGGGACAGGUCCUAGAAAAUACUCAGGAUGUGAAACGUCUGGACCCAGUCAUAGUUGAAGAGAACACCCACAAGAAGGUUCAGUAUGUAUACAUACCUUCACCUUCACGUAGUGUGUCAUCCUUGACCUCUGGCGACCUUGCUGAUGUCAGCUCUUCUCUAUCAAGGUCAAGUGUAUCCAGCGGUAGUCUGGGGUCAAAAGUCGGGUCAUUGUCCUCUAGCCUGGAAAAUAGACAUUCUGGUAGCAGCAAGCAUCUCGAGACACAGACCAGCCUGGACAAAUCACAACCUGAUCUGAGUCAUACAGAAGCUAAUCAGACUGGUGCUAAAACAUCCGAGUCAUUAGAAGCUGUUUCUGAAAAGUCACAUUCUUCUGAAAUAAUGGCUGCUCCUUCGUCAGUACCAAGACCUAGGUACCAAAGAGUUUCCUCUGCAAAUACUGACAGCCAGUCUGGUUCUGUUGGAAAAUUAAAAGAGCACAGCGUUAGUACAGAGGACCAGAAUCUGACUGGUAUCCAGUCACUUACACCUGUUAGAGGUAAUGCAGGGUAUCAGACACAGCAAACGCCAGCAGAGAACCAGACAAAACCAGAAACACCUGCAGUCCAGUCGGACCAGGAAGUUUCUGAUGUACAGACACCUUUGGGUUCGACCAUCAACAAGACAAGCAGUUACCUACACAGUAGAACAUCGAGUGUGGAAAGUCCCAAAACUUCAGACUCCCUCUUCUCAACAAGUUCUGAUGAAAAUAAGAAAUCAACAUCUAACCUUGGUAACAGUCGAACACGGAAGAAAUCCAUGGAAGAUUCAAGUACAGAUAAUUCUACCAAACAGAACAGGUCCAGUGAUCAAGUCAGCACUGAGAUUCCUGACCAAGAACAACUUGUAAGUUCAUCCAGUACUCCUGAGGAGCCAGGGACCAUUGUAACAAGUGAUGGAAAAAUUGGAUCAAAAGUGAUGGCCAAAUGGAAAGAUGGCUUUUUCUAUCCCGGAACCUUGAAAUCAAGUGCUGAUAGAUAUUUCAGACAUUCAGUCCAUUUUGACGAUGGGAGCAAGCUGCCUGUGAAGGCAGUGGACAUUUUGCUGAUCGAGAGACUGCCGCUUGGACAGAGUGUAAUGGUGUUGACAGAUGAGGGUGACUUUGAGAGUGGUCUGAUUACCAAAAUUGAGGAUGAUACUUACAUUGUUGAAACUGACGAGGGGACUUCUCGCAGGUAUACCUCCGGUCAGGUGAUUCUAUCAGCAGACCAAGCAGCAUGCGUUAUAUCUGACCACGGCAGUGAUGUUUUAAUGCAGCUACAGGCACCAGCAGGUCUACCUGUUAAUGUAGGGGAUGUAAGCCUUGAAAAUUUGCUAGAUGCUCCCAGAAGGUCAGCUAAGAAGACGUCUGCUGCAGAGGUGAAGGUUGAGGAUGAAGGUCAAGGUCAGAGUGGCAGAAGUCGCAAGAGAAAACUUGAUACCCUCAAACCACAGGCAACAAGUACACCUACUCCUAAAGGAAAGGCAGAGAGUGUAAUCUCCAAGAGAAGAAAAAUGUUAACAGACAGUCCAAUUGCUGGUAUCCAGUCAUCUCCAGUCACUGGGGGAAAAUCUCUGAGAAAAACUAGAAUUGGUUUAUUUGGAAAAGAUCUAGGACCAGUGCCGACAAAGAAAAUUUUUAAAAAUAUCUACUUCCUACUGACCAAUGUAGAGAAAUCCAAAGAGCAAAAUGAUCAGGAGAAGAAACUGAUUCAGGACACAUCUCUAGAUACAUCAACUGAUGAAAGUGCUGCUGAAGAGGAGACGAGUGUGCCAUUUGACAAAGAACACUUGAAGCGUCAAGUUGAAGCAGGUGGUGGGACAGUGCUAGACAAUCUGGACGAAAACCUGAUUUCUAAGGGAAAGAGAAGAAUCAUACUGUUGUCGUCAACAUAUCAGCGGACCAUUAAAUACCUGCAGUGUUUGGCAUGCAGUAUUCCUUGUCUGUCACAUAUGUGGGUCGUAGACUCUUGUACGCAGGAACGUUUGUUAGACGAUAAGUCCUAUGUAUUACCUGCAGGGAUAAGUCUAGAGAAGAGAAACGUCAUGGAAUGGAGGAAGAAGAAUAAUGUGUUUCAAGGCAUUAAGGCUGUGGUAUACUCAAAGAACAAAAAAUUUGUUGAUUCCUGGACUCAGAUACUUUCACUGUCCAAAUGUCAUGUGCACAAACAAGUACAAUAUACAGAUGUGCAUGUAAUAGUCACAGAUGGCACAUGCACACCAACAAUACAGCGUGGGGCAGAGAGUAAUUGUAUACCUCUUGUAGGUACCGAAUGGGUGAUACAAUGCCUGGUGAACGGUAGAUUAAUGUCAUAUACAGGACAUGCACAAUAUAGUCAUGAUUGCUAGGUUUAGUGGAUUGUGUUGAAAGAAGGUGUAUUCAUUUGAGUUAUUAGACCUUUGGAUGUUACAUGUUUCAAGGAAUGUGGAAUUAUUCAUGUUGUCAGACCAGUGGAUGAUACAUGUUUCAGGUCAUGUGGAUCAUAUACUUUGUAGUGGGGAUGAUACAUGUUUUAAGGAAUGUGGAUUUAUUCUUAUUGCAAGACCUGUUGAUAGUAUAUGCUUGAAGACAUAUGGAUUUAUUCAUGCUGUAAGAAUUUUGGAUGGUAUAUGUUGAAGGAAUGUGGAUUCAUUUCAUGUUUCAGGUCAUGUGGAUUUAUUCAUAUACUUUGUAGUGGGGAUGAUACAUGUUUUAAGGAAUGUGGAUUUAUUCUUAUUGCAAGACCUGUUGAUAGUAUAUGCUUGAAGACAUAUGGAUUUAUUCAUGCUGUAAGAAUUUUGGAUGGUAUAUGUUGAAGGAAUGUGGAUUUAUUUAGAUUGUAAGACCUGUAGAUGUGUUCAAGGAACGUGGAUUAAUUCCUGUUUUAAGACAUGUGGAUAGUAAGAUUACACUGAAGAAGUUAAAAUAUCAACAGACCGAAUACUAAAGAUACAAUAAAGGAGAGAAAACAGAAAUUUUGCACUUAAAAAGUGGCAAGAAAUGAAGGGUUUGAUCUGUAGUAAGAUUGUUUUAAACUCUUGGUGUUAAAGUUUUUUUUCAAAAGGGGUAAAUAUUAUAUACUCACUUUAUAACAAUUUCACCAUUAUAGUCAAUAUUUUUAACAUGUAAAUUUCAUAUGGUUUUGUGACAUCAUUAUGUGUAUUGUCAUGUUAUAACAUUCAUUAACAUCAAUAUUUAAAUUUCAUACCUGAGGAUUUCAAAUUUUCAAAUUGAUAUCAUUGCUAGUAAGGGGGGGGGGGGGGGAAGGGAUCAGUAUGAAACUUGGAUGAGCUAUUCAGGGCCACCAUAGACCUCUUGUAAUAUCCAAGUUGUAUCUCAGUAACUACUAGUGGGAAUGCAGUAAUUUUUCCGCUGGCUUGGGAAUGGAGCUUGGGUUUUUGCAUGUGGGGAAAUGUGUAGUAAAACAUCUAUAUUGGGAAUUGUUAAAAAAAAAAAAAGUGCUCUUUUUUAUAAAAUGUUACAUUUAAGAAGAAAAAAAAAGGUCUUCAGUGCAUUAAAGUAUUAGAUUUCCUUGUGUUUCAAAUGUUCAGGAUACACUCUUGACUGAAAAAGUAAAAGAACUUUUAAAAAAAGUAAAAGAACUUUUAACUUCCAAAGUUUUAGCUUUGAAAUUUGGGCAAAAACAUGCUUUUUGCCAUUGAGAUUAGAGCUGAACUUAGACCCCAAAUUGGCUUGAAAAAAACACAAUGGAAUGGAUAGAAACCUCGUACGUUUGUUCACUGUGAUGAUCUGACAUGCAGUGCAUAUGCUCCAAAACACUGUUUUUCGUUUUCACAAAGUUAUAUCCAUUAUUCAACUUAGCACUAUUUGCUUAAGUUUUUAGCUCACCUGUCACAAAGUGACAAGGUGAGCUUUUGUGAUCGCGCGGUGUCCGUCGUCCGUCAGUCCGUGCGUCCGUCCGUAAACUUUUGCUUGUGACCACUCUAGAGGUCACAUUUUUCAUGGGAUCUUUAUGAAAAUUGGUCAGAAUGUUCAUCUUGAUGAUAUCUAGGUCAAGUUCGAAACUGGGUCACGUGCCAUCAAAAACUAGGUCAGUAGGUCUAAAAAUAGAAAAACCUUGUGACCUCUCUAGAGGCCAUAUAUUUCACAAGAUCUUCAUGAAAAUUGGUCAGAAUGUUCACCUUGAUGAUAUCUAGGUGAAGUUCGAAACUGGGUCACGUGCCAUCAAAAACUAGGUCAGUAGGUCUAAAAAUAGAAAAACCUUGUGACCUCUCUAGAGGCCAUAUAUUUCAUAAGAUCUUCAUGAAAAUUGGUCAGAACGUUCACUUUGAUGAUAUCUAGGUCAAGUUCGAAAGUGGGUCACAUGCCGUCAAAAACUAGGUCAGUAGGUCAAAUAAUAGAAAAACCUUGUGACCUCUCUAAAGGCCAUAUUUUUCAUGGGAUCUGUAUGAAAGUUGGUCUGAACGUUCAUCUUGAUGAUAUCUAGGUCUUAUUCGAAACUGGGUCACGUGCGAUCAAAAACUAGGUCAGUAGGUCUAAAAAUAGAAAAACCUUGUGACCUCUCUAGAGGCCAUAUAUUUCAUGAGAUCUUCAUGAAAAUUGGUCGGAAUGUUCACCUUGAUGAUAUCUAGGUCAGGUUUGAAAGUGGGUCACGUGCCUUCAAAAACUAGGUCAGUAGGUCAAAUAAUAGAAAAACCUUGUGACCUCUCUAGAGGCCAUAUUUUUCAUGGGAUCUGUAUGAAAGUUGGUCUGAAUGUUCAUCUUGAUGAUAUCUAGGUCAAGUUCGAAACUGGGUCACGUCCCUUCAAAAACUAGGUCAGUAGGUCAAAUAAUAGAAAAACCUUGUGACCUCUCUAAAGGCCAUAUUUUUCAUGGGAUCUGUAUGAAAAUUGGUCUGAAUGUUCAUCUUGAUGAUAUCUAGGUCAAGUUCGAAACAGGGUCAUGUGCGGUCAAAAACUAGGUCAGUAGGUCUAAAAAUAGAAAAACCUUGUGACCUCUCUAGAGGCCAUACUUGUGAAUGGAUCUCCAUAAAAAUUGGUCAGAAUGUUCACUUUGAUGAUAUCUAGGUCAAAUUCGAAACUGGGUCACGUGCCUUAAAAAACUAGGUGAAUAGGUCAAAUAAUAAAAAAACCUUGCGACCUCUCUUGAGGCCAUACUUUUCAUGGGAUCUGUAUGAAAGUUGGUCUGAAUGUUCGUCUUGAUGAUAUCUAGGUCAAGUUCUAAACUGGGUCAACUGCGGUCAAAAACUAGGUCAGUAGGUCUAAAAUUAUUAAAAUCUUUUGACCUCUCUAGAGGCCAUAUUUUUCAAUAGAUCUUCAUGAAAAUUAAGUGAGAAUAUUCACCUUGAUGAUAUCUAGGUCAAGUUCAAAACAGGGUCACGUACCUUCCAAAACUAGGUCAAAUAAUAGAAAAACCUUGUGACCUCUAGAGACCAUAUUUUUCAAUGGAUUUUCAUGAAAAUUGGUCAGAAUUUUUAUCUUGAUAAUAUCUAGGUCAGGUUCAAAACUGGGUCACAUGAGCUCAAAAACUAGGUCACUAUGUCAAAUAAUAGAAAAAACGACGUCAUACUCAAAACUGGGUCAUGUGGGAAGAGGUGAGCGAUUCAGGACCAUCAUGGUCCUCUUGUUUAUGUAAGCUGGGUGCUGAAUAAACACUAUUGAGAAUGGAUUGAAACUUCAAAUAUUUGUUCACUGUGAUGAUUUGAUAUGCGAUGCACAGGUUCCAUAACUCUGUUGUUCUUAUUAGCAUCACUCUUCAGUGGAAUAGAAAUAGCUAUUGCUCACUGUUAUUAGCCUCGACCACAUACUCACAUGUCCAGCUACUGGCAAUCUAUUCUGCAAUUAAUUCAUUUGUAGAGAGUGCUUUCAUUUCCAUUUAGCUGUUGAAAUCUCCUGAGAUUUUAUUGUUUGCAUCUGGUAAUGAACAAAACUUGGAAGAUGACAUUGUAUAAAAUUGGAUCAUUUUCAUAAGUGUAUCUUGAAAUUGCAAGACUUGCCUAUAAAUUGUGUAAUCUUCCUCUGACGGUUUUGUUGUGUUGAGGUUUUUAAAUACUCUAGCAGUGCUGUCAUCUGAAGCUCUUUGUUAUUUGAGCCACUCCUUUAGAAAACCAACAUAGUGGCUUUGCGACCAGCAUGGAUCCAGACCAGCCUGCGCAUCCGCGCAGUCUGGUCAGGAUCCAUGCUGUUCGUUAACAGUUUCUGUAAUUGCAAUAGGCUUUGAAGGCGAACAGCGUGGAUCCUGACCAGACUGUGCGGAUGCGCAGGCUGGUCUGGAUCCAUGCUGGUCGCAAAGCCACUAUGUUGGUUUUCUCAUGGCGCGGCUAAUUUAUCAUAUUAAAAUAGAUUCAUCAGCAGUGCCAUAGUUAUCAUCAUUUUCAGGGUUAAUAAUACUGUCAUGGUUAUCAGUAUCAUCAUCUUCAUGACUCCGACUCGCAAUUGUAAGAUACAGUAAAACACCGCUCGCUCGAGGUCGCAAUGGGAUGAGUAAAAUGCUUGAGUUAUCCAUGGUUUCGAGCGACCCAUAUAUUGACCAACAUACGAAGAAAACUGAAGUUUGCUUUACCAGUUUUCAUCGGGACCAUUUGCAGAGUAAACGGUGAUGCGUAAUAAUAACAUACUUGUGACAUCAAAAAAAAAACAACAUAUAACAAACGUUAUCUAUGAUAAAUGUAAUUUAUAAAUGGCACAUGUGAAGAAACAACUAAGACUUUUUUAUCUUUAUUUAUCAACAAGUGCAUAUCAGAAUUAUCGUCUCAAUUUUAUGAAAAAUCUUUACUAAUUCCUUCAUUUCCAUGCAAACAACUGCUGAUUAAAAUACUAAGAUCUCAUAACUAUCUUCUCGAUCCUCAAGAAAACAUGUUUUCAGUAAUCGGUAAUUGAUCGAAAUUUGAUCAGUAAAACUUGUCUUCAACAUUUCAUCAAUAAUUAAUCUCUUUAUAAGAUGAAAUAUACCGACAAACAAACAUCUAAGAUAGUUGGGGAGUAGACUAUGCAAUUCUCACGGUGUGUGAAAAUGUUUGAUUAACCGAUACACUCUGACCGCCGAAGGUGUGAAAUAUUUUGACACCUCUGCUCGAGUUUGCCAGAAGAAACUAAGAAUAAAUUAAUACACAGGGACCAGGUGUCAUGCUCGAGCGAUAGAGUUAUCGAUGCUCGACCCAGCCAUGGUAAUUUCACAUAGAAAGUAGAAGGAAAUCGGCCAGGACCACAUGAAUUGCUCGAGCGAGCCCGGGUGCUCGGGUCAUCGAUGCUCGAGCGAGCGGUGUUUCACUGUAUUAGGAUUGGGAUAGUGACUUGCAUUUUGUACCAUGGUAUAUCAUGAUAUUUUGGUUUUUGAUACAUUAUGUACUACGAUAUUUUCAGAUCUAAGCCUAUAAAUCCAUAUUAUUCUUUUGAAGGAAUAUAUUGCUGUUAUUUUUCAAGAUUUUAGCUACAGAAACUAUAUUAAAAGGAGGCUUUGACAACAGUGUUUGAUACAAGUGAUGUAAAUGCAACAUUUAUUUUUUUGGCAAGAGUUGAAAACAAUUUUGAAUUUGUUAUAUUUAACCACAUUGUAAUUGGCGAUGAACAUGUAUAUGUUUUUGCCAAAUAAACUUUGACUUGACUUGACUAUAUUUAACAAUAAACACUGAUAAAACCACUAUGCCAGUGAAUACUGCACAUUCAUAUCAAGAAAUAGAGCAGAAGUCUUCCUAAUAACUUUAUUAUUUCUUACAUCACUUCAGAUAACUUCAUUCCAUAAUUUUUAUGCAUCACUUCUAUCAUUUUUGUACUUCGUAUCUAAAACUAAGCUUGUUUAUAUUUUGAAGUGCAGUCUAGGUGUCCAUGAAUGGACAGAAAGCUCAAGAUUUUAAUGUUUUAUUUGUACUUAGUUUAACUCUGAUAAGUAUUUUUACAAAAUUUUUCUUACUGAUGUUUUGGUUUUGAAGUGGUCGGCAACUUCUGCAUAUGGCAAAUUAGUGCUGGUUUUUAAUCCCCCGCCACGAGUGUUGGAGGGUUAUAGGAAUGGUCUCCUUCUGUCCGUAACACUUUCGUGUCCCCUUUGUAUCUCCUAAAUCCCUUGAAGGAUUUUCUUGAAACUUUGAUCAAAUGAUCAUCUCAUCAAGGGGAUAUGCAGAACCCGUGUGGCAGCCCAAGGUCAAGGUCACAAAUCAAGGUCAAAGGUUUGAGCCUUCCAUUUUGUGUCUGCUCUAUAUCUCCUAAACCCCAUGAAGGAUUUUCAUGAAGUUGGGUCAAAUGAUCACCUCAUUAAUACGAUUUGCAGAACUCAUCAGUCAGCCAUGUCAGCCCAAGGUCAAGGUCACAGAUCAAGGUCAAAAGUUUGAGCCUUCCAUUUUGUGUCUGCUCUAUAUCUCCUAAACACCAUGAAGGACUUUCAUGAAGUUUGGUCAAAUGAUCACCUCAUCAAGACGAUUUGCAGAACUCUGAGUAAGCCAUGUCGGCUCAAGGUCAAGGUCACAACUCGAGGUCAAACAUUUGAGCCUUCCAUUUUGUGUCUGCUCUGUAUCUCCUAAACCCUUCGAAGGAUUUUCAUGAAACUUUGGUCAAAUGAUCACCUCAUCAAGACGAUGUGCAAAACUCAUGAGUCAACCAUGUCGGCUCAAGGUCACAACUUAAGGUCGAAUGGUUUAGCUCUGUAUCUCCUAAACCCCUUGAAGGAUUUUCAUGAAAUUUUGGUCAAAUGAUCACCUCAUCAAGACGAUGUGCAGAACUCAUGAGUCAGCCAUGUUGGCUCAAGGUCAAGGUCACAACUUAAGGUUGAAUGGUUUAGCUCUGUAUCUCCUAAACCCCUUGAAGGAUUUUCAUGAAACUUGGGUGAAAUGAUCAACUAAUCAAGAUGUGCAGAACUCAUUAGUCAGCCAUGUUGGCUCAAGGUCAAGGUCACAGCUCGAGGUCAAAGGUUUGAGUCUUCCAUUUUGUGUCCACUCUGUAUCUUCUGAACCCCUUGAAGGAAUUUCAGAUUCAUUGAUAUCGUCAUACAUGGACUGUUAAAUAUACUUAACAGCAUCAAUGCUUCCACCAAAUACCAUCAACCCUUUCACUAUCCAUAACAGUGGUGGGGGAUAUAGCUGUCUUUCAGACUGCCUUGUAAUUACUGAUUGGAAAAGGGCAUAACGUUUCAUGGUUGCUGUUAAAAUGGUACUUUGGUGGGGACAUUUUUUCUUUGGAUUUAAUUUUGUGGAUUAAUAGAACGGCAAAAAACCACAAAAAUGACUGUAGUUCAUUAAUGAAGAUUUCACAGUAAUAUAGUAUUUAAUAUAACAUAUAUUUGCCAAUAAGGCAACUCCCUUAUAAAACAGGGCCUAAAGUUUGCCCCAAAGUCGGCAGUAUUUUAAUGAGGCCAACUUACAAGACAAGGUCGACCUUUUUUUGAAAUUCGUGUGAAUUUUCAUCAGAAAAAUACUAUAAACUUCACUUGUAACAAACGUGUUUAUAAUGAAUUUCCAGUUUACAAAUAUUACCAGUUUAACCUUUCCAUAGAGAAUGCCUUUUAACAGAGACCACUUUUCCCAAGGUAGGUCUUUUUAGACAGGGUUAUACUGUAUUUGUUAACAUUUAAAACUCUUCUUGCAGUGGAAACAUUUUAAGAUUUACAAUCCAAUCUUUUUUAUCAUGGUUUUAAAUUCAUACUUUCUAUUCAGUCCAUAUAAAUAAAUUGUUUAUACAUUUUUGUGUCCCCUAAAAUUUGGGAAGGGUGGCGGGACAUAUUGAUUUGCCCUUGUCUGUAUAUCUGUACUUCCGAUCAUCCAAAUUUGUGUUGUGCAUAUCUUAGAAAGUAUUUGACCUAGAGUCAUCAAACCUCACAGGAUUUUUCUUCAACAUGUGAAAGUUGUGCACCUGAUUAUAAUUGGGAUUUUACAUUGCCAGACCAAAGUUACUGACUGAGUCAACCAUUUGCAUAUAGUGACAAGAGAGGGGGGCAUCAGUGUCCUGUGGACACACAUCUAGUUCAUUUUGUUUUACUAUUGCAUCGCCAAGUUUUAAAAUACCUCAAUGUUCUUUAAAUAUGCAAAGAUGUUUUAAUGCAGUGUUUAAACUUUCUCACAAGAAUGUUUUGACCAUUUAUUGUUGAUACUGUUUUGGCAUUAUAUACGGUGAAAAAAAAAUCAAAAAGAGAAAGUCUGCGAGGGAAAUUAGAGGGAUAUUUUAAUGUUAUAAUUAUGUUCAUUUUAUUGAAUUUGGAAAUAAUUGCUAUUAUCGAAAUUGAAAAUAUUUGAUAUUGUUGAAUUUGGAAAUAUCUGAUUUUGUUAAAAUUGGAAAUAUUUGAUGUUGUCAAAUUUUGAAGAAAAAAAAAAUAUUGUUUGAUUUUAAUGAGCCUAAAUUACCUCAAAUAUUGCAUUCCAGGAAAAUUAGUAUACCCUCAAAAAUGUUAAUGGUUUCAUAUUGUGUUUUGCUGUCAUAGAGUUUAUGAUUUUUUUUUAACCAUUUAAAAAAAAAACUAAAAUUCCCUCUUGCUGCAUUUGUACCUGUAAUCUUGUUAUACAAGUCAAAACCAGAAAAUUAAAAAUGGAAAGUGGAAACCACGUACAGUUUUGAUAAGAAAAAAAUGACGGAUGAUUUAUAAUAUUUAAAAGACAUCGGGAGUUUACAUUUUUAGAAGGAAACAACUUUUUUUUUUUCCAUUUUAGCCUAUAUAUUGGUAUAUUUAUUUAUAAUGGCAUGUUUUAGAGUUUAGAGGUCAUGUGAUUUAUGUUACACUGGAACACCGCUCGCUUGAGCUUUGUUGGCUCCAGCACCAGGGUCAGCUUGAAUAAUGUGUGUUGUCCUCAGCAGUUUUCUUUAAAUAUUUUAAGUUUGGAUCGCUGGAAACACUGGAUACCUUGAACAUUUUGUCAUUUCAAGCGAGCAGUGUUUUACUGUAUAUACAUGUAUAAUGUCUCAUUUUAUUGACUUCAGUUUGGUUGACUGGUUUUAUCAAAAUUUAAGGUUUGUUUUUUCUACAUAUUGUAAGAAAAGGUUUUAUUUUUGUAGGGAGUUUUGUACUUUUAUGAUAUUGUAGAUUGUUUUAGAUUAUAACUAGUCUUAUUCUUGCCUCUUGAUAUUACUAGAGUCAAAUGAAAAAGGGACUAAAAACUUACAAUUUAUAAUUUGUUUCUGAGUGAAUAGAUAAUGCAUCUUUAAAUUGUCUUUAGAAGCAUGAUGUCCAGUUUGGAGGCAGUAUAUUUGAAUAUGGGAGAAGUAUAUGUUCUCAGUGAUUGUCUGUUGGAAGUCUGUAUAAACUAUGCAUGUAUUUUUAUCUAAAGGUUUUGUUUUGGGAUUUCUGUCAGUUAGACCAGAGUGAUGGCCCUUGACUAAGUCAAAAAUAUGCAUAAAGGGUAUGCAAGUUUAUGUCACAUGGAUCUCAAAAAAUAUUUGACUUGGAAUCAUACAAAACAUUAGGUGAUUGUUAUAUAGCAUGUAAAGUUGUAUGCCUAGUGUUUUGUUUAGGAUUUCACUCAGCCAUACCAGAGUUAUGGUUCUUGACUGAGUGAAAAUACACAUAAAGUGCUUAAAAGUUUGUGUUGCAUAUAUCUUUAAAAAAAAUCUCAAAAAGGCAUGAAACUGUGUAGGAAUAUUAUUCAGCAUGUUAAUUUGUGCACCCAAGUUUAUUUUUGGAUCUCACUCUGUAAGACCAGAGUUAGGGCCCUUUAGUUUAGGACAUAAAAGUUUGUGUGCUAAGUACCUAAUAAACCUAAUGGCAUAAAACUUUCGUUGUUUAGUUAAGUUUUUGAGGAUUGAUAAAUAGCAUGCGAAAAUGUACACCUGAUGUUCUCUUUGUGACUUCACUAGGCCAGACAAGAGUUAUGGUCCUUGACUUAGUGAAAAAUACACAUAAGAUGCUUAAAAGUUUGUUUUGCAUACAAAAAAAUGUAUAUCUUAAAAAAACAUUUCACCUAGAGUCAGGGAACAAUACACAGUGACAGGAAAUGAGAGCACCUGUGUGCUAUGGACACGCAUCAAGUUUUAUCUUUGUAUUUUAAAGAAAAGGUUGAAAUUUGUCAACUUUUAUAGCAGGCCUAUAGAUUGUAAUGGUUAAAUUUUAAAAUAUCAGAUUUAAUAACGAGAUCUGUUACUGAAAUAGUUCAGUCUUUUUAUGUUUUUAAAGUCAAGAGAGUAUUUUUCUUUUUUAACAAUUUGCUUUCAUUUUUAGCUUGAAUAUACAAAGUAUAUGGAGAGCUAUCCUUCUUGCCCUUCAGUCCACAUCCACACCUUCGUUAAAGUUUAGAUGCACUUUCACCAUUUCUGUUGUUACUUGAUUCAGACUUAAAAUGCUCAUUCCACAUCAUCACUCAUAUCAUAUGACUCAAGAUCCUUAACUCUGGUACAAAUAUUUUAUGAAUUAUGCCCCCUUUUUACAUAGAAUUUCAAAUUUAAAUUGCUGUUUGCUUUUGCUCUAUCUUUGAUAUUGCUAAAUGGAUUUGGUUCAAACUUAAAUAUUGUUGUUCAGCAUCAUUAGCCACUCACAUAGUGCAUUACUCUCACAGAAACAUUCCAUAAUUAUAUCCCUUUAAAGGCGUACGCUAGAAUUCCCUGUAUAUGAAAUGGGCGAAAAUUUUCCCAAUAACAGAAUUUUUUCAAACUUUGGAUAUUGAAGGACAAUCAUUUAAGAAACCAAAAAUGCAAUAAAAAUCAUAGGUGACCGGAUUUGAAAAAGAGUUAUCUGCCCUUGAAAACGUCAUUUUUGGGGGAAAUGCCGUUUUCAAGGGCAGAUAACUCUUUUUCGAUACGGGUGACCUAUGAUUUUUAUUGCAUUUUUUGGUUUCUUAGAUGAUUGUCCUUCAAUAUCCAAAAUUUGAAGAAAUUCUGUUAUUGGGAAAAUUUUCGCACCAAAUUCUAGCAUACGUCCUUAAGUUGAUGUUUUGAUACACUUUCAGUCUCUGUUAUUAAUUGAUAUAUUUUACUUGGACCUGAACUAUUGUCUAGUAUCAUCAUCCACAUUUUAGUCAUUAAACACUCGAGUGAUAGUGCCAGUUUGCUCAGAUGUGCACUAUUUCACUAUCCAGCAUCAAAAUAGUCAUGCAUGCUGUCACCUGUGACAGCUCUUGUUAAUGUUUGUUCGUGCAUGUAGGAGAUUAAACAACAGUUAUUUGCAGUAAAAAAAAUUAAGUCAAGAUGAUCAGUGGGCGACUUUUCAGCCAAGUGAUUUAUGUUGCAGUCUUUUGAUCACUUGCCACUGCGGGCUGGCAGGGCUUUCACGGUUCAUGGUUCAUUGACUCUGGAUCGCUUUUCCCUCGUUACUAUACACUGACAGGGCUUCAGUGGCAAGAGUAGUUAAUGUGGCACCUUGCCCCUCACUGCUGUGGGCUGGUAGUCUUACUUUGGUUGUAGACAUUUUUUUUUCAGGUUAGGAAACUUUUUAACUUUGAUUUAAGUCACGCUGGCACAGUUUUGCUCACAGGCAACCAUCAAGCUUUACCUUGAAAUUAGGCAUACCCAGGCACUUCAGUAGAAUAGUACCGCCAACUUUCUACAAGCCGGCUUCCUCACAUGGAAGAAUUUUUAGUGGGAUUUCCAACAAACAGCUGUAAGGGGCAAUGGACAUAGGCCACUAGGCAACAGAUCACCAAAUUGUCACGUGUUUCCACAAAUGUGGCGUAUUUUUUAUUCAUUUACAUUAAAAGAUGAAGAUUGUGUUCAUUUUAUGAAAAAUUUCUUGCAUAAUAAUAUGGCAUAGAAAAUCUAAAUUUCAUAGUGUUUGUGAAAUCUUGAUCAGUACCGCAUAUGAUUAGUUAUAUGCUUACUCAUUUUUUGAGGGUUUUUAAAUGAUCAAAUUUAAUUUUGUUAAUACUGUUUCUUAGUUUAGUUUUUGAGAAUUAUAAAAGUUGGAGAUAAAUUUUAUGAAAGAAAUAA